UCCGCGGGAUUUGAAAAUCCUGCCCCACUGAGCCGAACAAAGAGCGGGGGAAGUGCCCGGCCCCCUCCCUUUCUCCGCUGCACGCCGCAGACGCUACCGGAGAGCGGACCCCUUUUCCAGCUCCUGCCCCAGCUCUUCCUCCCUAUUGCCCACGGCGGGCUGAGUGGGAGGGCACGCACCAUGUGGAUCCAGGUCCGCACGAUAGACGGCACCCAGACCCAAACCAUCGACGACCUCAGUCGCCUUACUAAGAUCGAGUGUCUGCGGGAGAAGAUCCAGGAGACCUUCCGCGUAAGCCCCAACCGCCAGCGCCUUUUCUACCGGGGCAAGCAGCUAGAAGAUGGACACACUUUGUUUGACUACAAUGUUGGACUAAAUGACAUAGUUCAGCUUUUGAUACGUUCUGAAUCUGAAGCUCCUACCCCGGCUUCUGUGACACAUCAGGAUGGAGAUGUCAAUCCCUGUGCUGCUUCCAACUGCAAGAAUAAAGUCAAAAAAACAAAUAGUGGGUCACCCAGUCAGCCAUCUACAUCAUCUCGCUCAUUUCUCAUUGAUCCUGGCAUUGGGUUAUACAAGAUAAACGAAUUGGUGGAUGCCCGUGAUGUCAGCAUUGGAGCCUGGUUUGAAGCUCAUAUAGAAAAUGUUACCAGAGCAACGAAGGGACAUAAGAAUGGUAAAGCUCAAGGAAAGAGUGGUAACACUUACAGAAGGACUAAUGGAAACUUAAGUCAAGAUCAUUCUAGAGAAAAUGCAAAUAAUUUGGACAGUACACCAUCCACAUCUUAUUCAGACUGUAUGGACGCUGGUGAAGAAGCUAUUUAUCAUAUCAAAUAUGAUGAGUACCCAGAGAAUGGCAUAGUAGAAAUGGACACCAGUAAUCUUCGACCCCGAGCAAGAACCAUUCUGAAGUGGAGUGAACUGAAAGUGGGUGAUGUGGUGAUGGUUAACUACAAUGUUGAGACUCCAGAAGAAAGAGGAUUUUGGUUUGAUGCAGAAAUUACCUCUUUGAGAGAAAUCUCAAGGACUAACAAAGAGGUUCAUGCUAAAAUUCUGCUGGGAGGCCCAGAAGACACAAUAAAUGAUUGUAAAAUCCUUUUUAUAGAGGAAAUGUACAAGAUUGAAAAGCCAGGAGCCUAUCCAUUGACAUUUGGGGAUGGAGAUUUCAAAAGAAAAAGUGGCCCUGAAUGCAAGCACUGUAGGGCUGAUCCAGAUAAGGAGUGCCGUUUUUGUUCAUGUUAUUUGUGUGGUGGAAAACAGGAUGCUCACAUGCAACUCCUGUGCGAUGAAUGUAAUAUGGCUUAUCAUAUUUACUGCCUGAACCCUCCCUUAAGCAAGAUACCAGAAGAUGAGGACUGGUAUUGUCCUUCCUGCAAAAAUGAUUCUAAUGAAGUUGUAAAGGCUGGAGAAAAACUCAAACAAAGUAAAAAGAAAGCAAAGAUGCCGUCUGCCAGUACUGAAAGCCAGAGAGACUGGGGCAAGGGCAUGGCCUGUGUUGGUCGCACCAAGGAAUGCACAAUUGUUCCUUCAAAUCAUUAUGGACCUAUACCUGGUGUUCCUGUUGGAACAACCUGGAAGUUCAGAGUUCAGGUGAGCGAAGCAGGUGUUCACAGACCCCAUGUGGGUGGAAUCCAUGGACGCAGUAAUGAUGGAGCUUAUUCACUUGUAUUAGCUGGAGGAUUUGAAGAUGAAGUGGAUCGAGGAGAUGAAUUCACUUACACUGGGAGUGGAGGUAGAGAUCUUUCUGGCAAUAAAAGGAUUGGAGAACAUUCAUUUGAUCAGACAUUAACACACAUGAAUAGGGCAUUGGCCCUUAACUGUGAUGCCCCACUGGAUGACAAAAAUGGAGCAGAGUCUAAGAACUGGAGGGCUGGUAAGCCAGUCAGAGUAGUGCGCAGUUCAAAAGGACGGCGAAUCAGCAAAUAUGCCCCAGAGGAAGGCAACAGAUAUGACGGCAUUUACAAGGUGGUAAAAUACUGGCCAGAAAUUGGAAAAUGUGGAUUUUUAGUUUGGCGUUACCUUUUGAGGAGAGAUGAUGUUGAGCCUGCACCUUGGACUUCAGAAGGAAUGGAGCGCUCAAAGAAACUGGGUCUAAGUGUACAGUAUCCAGAAGGUUAUUUGGAAGCCAUGGCUAGUAAGGAGAAGAAGGAUAAGGUUAAAAAGCAAACUGUGAAACAGGAGCCAACCAGGCAAAGCAAUGGAAACCAGAAAAGGACAAUUGAUGCAGGUAUAGAGGAACCUAUGAGUACACCCAAAAAAGCCAUGAGGAUGGGAGACGGAGGGAAAGGAGAGGCUUUCCAGCUGACUCAAGAGCAGCAAUGGCUGAUAAGAGAAGACACAAUGAACCAGAAACUGUGGGAUGAAGUACUUGCUUCUCUUAAGGAAGGACCAAAUUUUCUGAAGAAACUGGAACAAUCCUUUAUGUGUGUCUGCUGCCAGGAGCUGGUGUACCAGCCAGUGACAACAGAGUGCCUCCACAACGUCUGUAAAAGUUGUUUACAGCGCUCUUUCAGAGCUGAAGUUUUCACCUGCCCUGCGUGCCGCUACGACCUGGGAAAAGGCUACACCAUGGUUCCCAACAAGAUACUGCAGACACUACUGGACCAGUUCUUCCCUGGUUACAGUAAAGGGCGAUGAUGUGCUCAGAUUCUUCUGUACUUCGCUCAAUGACUUUAUAGAGAGUAAAGGGGAAUAAACAUGAGAAAUUCAACAGUGGACCAGCCACCUUGAUGGGACUCUAUAUUGUCACAUUUUGAAGCAGCUAACCCUCUUCCCAUCAUGGCCAUCUUUCUGGUGUAGUGAGAACUCUAAUUCUUAGCUGUCUUUUAACAUCAAGGGUAGUUUUGGCCAGUUAAAAAAAAUGUUUUUAGAGAAGAAGAAGAAGAAGAAAAAGAAGAAAAGCUUCAGCUCUUACUGGCCUAGCUGAUGCUUAAUUUAUGAUUUGUUUUUUUUGUAACUACCUCAGGACAGAGGAAAAUACAUUGUGGGGAUAACAAAACUUGGUGGAGUUUUAGCUACACACUGCCUCCUCAAUAUUAGUUGUGCCUGGUCCAUGUGGUUUGAUUUACAAAAAAGAAAAAAAACAAAGCAAACAACCCAAACCAAAACAAAACCCACAAAAAAAAAAAAAGGCAAAAACUCC